GUGAGAGGUGGGAGGAUUGCAGGUAGUCGGCGGGUUGUGCUACCAGAGCAAAAGAGAGAGACAGACAAGUGCCCCACCCCCUUCUGGCCAAACAAUUUCCACUCGCAUGCAGCACAGACACAGACACUCAGCUCGCUCUUUACUCCGACUCAAGCUGCUCGUGCUCUAGUCGGGCUGGGAAAGCAGUGCUUUCCGCCUCCUGCUUUCCACCGAUCCUUUUCCGUUGCCAGGUCGCUAUGGCCACCAGUGCAGACCAUCAUCUCUUGCAGCAGCAGCUGUCCCAAAUGUCGCUCGGAGGUGGCGUUUACCAGCAGCCGCAGAGGAAGGUUGCUCCUGCCGUGCCUCCCAAACCCAACAAGAAACCGCAGCCGCUGGUACCAAGGAGUGUGAGCAUUAAGAAGCCGACCGAGCCGUCUUACAGCACUGUCCUCCACGCCCAGACGGCCGGCUCGAGUAGACUCUACUCAAAUCUGCCACCACCGAUGGAAGAAAAUACCUACGGCGGCUCCACGGCCACUUACUGCAACCUCCCGCCGUAUAGCAGCAGAGAGGUUGAUGAUCUGCCCCCGCCUCCCCCAAUGAGCACCCUGAGCCAACUGAACACGGCCGGGCUCCCACCACCGCCUGAUGAUCUCCUGCCCCCAGCCCCUUCCUCGCCGGUGAGCUCGAGCUACUCGGAGUUGCGGCGAGCGCACCCCACCCCCCAGCAGCCAACCCAGGUGCAGAUGCCAGUGGCUCAGCAGGCCUCGCUCCAGCAACACCACGGUGGAUACUACCCUCAGUAUAACCCCUACGCGCCUAGCUCUCAGACAUCCUCCACCUAUGAGUCAAUUUAUGAGCCGAUCAACCCUCGUCCCGCGAGCCAGCUGUCCUCAAACUCUAACUACUCUCUGUACGCGCCCUAUGUGUCGAAGAACAGGGCGCAGCCGCCCUCUGAAAGCGGCAAGGAGGCUGAGGUUGACGCCCUUACUGAUCUCUUACUGCAGUCAAUGGACUCAGCUAACCCUGACUCAGACUUUUAUGGCAUGUGCAGUCAGUGUGGAGAACGUGUGGUAGGCGAGGGCUCAGGCUGCACGGCCAUGGACAAGAUAUACCACAUCAGGUGCUUCACGUGUCACCAGUGCCAAAUUCCUCUACAGGGAAAACCCUUCUACGGCCUUGAAGGCAAGCCCUACUGUGAAGAAGAUUAUCUGAAUACUCUUGAAAAGUGCUGUGUCUGCCUGACACCAAUCCUGGACAGAAUCCUGAGGGCGACAGGGAAGCCAUACCACCCAACCUGUUUCUGCUGCGUUGUGUGUGGACAGAGCUUGGACGGCAUUCCAUUUACAGUGGACGCUACCAAUCAAAUCCACUGCAUUGAAGAUUUCCACAGAAAAUUUGCUCCUCGUUGCUGUGUCUGCCGGCAACCAAUCAUGCCUGAACCUGGCGAAGAGGAAACCGUCAGGGUAGUCGCCUUGGACCGCAGCUUCCACGUCAACUGCUAUAAAUGCGAAGAUUGCGGCCUAGUUUUAUCCUCUGAGGCUGAAGGCAGGGGUUGCUACCCCCUAGAUGAUCACGUUUUGUGCAAAGGGUGCAAUGCUUCUAGGGUGCAGGCGCUCACAUCCAAGAUUGCUACUGAGUUGUAGAAAUGAUAGAAUGUGUACAUGUCAUACUAUUGCUGGCAUUCCAAUGAGAAAGUUGAUUUAUAUUUUGUUGUUAUGAAAGUAGCUUUCCCAGCGGCCAUCGACGGAUUUGUUGCACUUUAUGCCGCCUCUUCUAAAUUGUUCUGCUGUGAAUACCUACUAUUCAAUUUUUGUAUGUACAUUGCAAACAUUAAAAUUAUAAGUGUCAUGCUGAAAUAAAUAAGUUCAAAUUAUGGAUAAAAUUGUAUGCAUCAUGUGAAAUCAAGAAGUCCGUUCGACAAAAUAUAUUAGUGUAAGUGGCAGUAUUAUCUUUACGAAUAUGAUGUUUCGCAUGAUGUGUUAGUCUGACCUAAAGACAAAUUAUAAAACAAAAUUGUGUUCAAUAUUUUGACUGCUGCUAAUUUUAAUUAAUAAAGUUAAUUUGAUCCAAACA